AAAAUCCCCGUCGGCUGCAAACAGCAGAAGGAAAAAGUCAUUCUGGAAGCAGCUUGCAGAACACUCUAACUGAUUAAAAUAAUUUUACUGCAAUAGAAGAAGAGCAUCCUUCAGAUAUGGAGGAAGAUAUUAAACCUCUCCUGGUCCCUGUUGGAGGUGAUGAAGAUGAUGUUGGAGUCCUUAAUAUUCAGUUUAACCCAGAAGACUUUAAGUGCAAAAGGCCAUUCCAUGUAGAACCCACAAAUAUUGUUAGUAUGAAUGACGACACGCAGAGAGUUUCUGAUGAAGCUUCAGCAAUGAAUAAACGGAUUCACUACUAUAGCAGGCUCUCUUCACCUUCAGAUAGAGCCUUGGUGGCUCCCGAUCAUGUGGUUCCUUAUCCUGAAGAAAUUUAUGUGUACAGUCCCUCAGGAACUGCUUUUAAAAUAGACAGCUGUGCUGACGGUUAUGGCAAAAACUCAAGUAUGGUAACGAUUUUCAUGAUCUGGAACACAAUGAUGGGUACAUCUAUAUUAAGUAUUCCGUGGGGAAUAAAACAGGCAGGAUUUACCGCUGGAAUUGUUAUUAUUUUAUUUAUGGGCCUCUUGACCCUUUACUGCUGCUACAGAGUUCUGAAAUCAAGGACAACAAUAUCUUCAACAGAUGCUUCAGCCUGGGAAUUCCCAGAUGUUUGCCAGUAUUAUUUUGGAUCCUUUGGUCAGUGGUCCAGUCUUUUAUUUUCAUUAGUGUCUCUUAUUGGAGCCAUGGUGGUUUACUGGGUGCUCAUGUCCAAUUUCCUUUUCAACACAGGAAAGUUUAUUUACAAUUAUGUCCAUCAUAUUAAUGUUACAGAUAUUAUUCCCGGUACAAAUGGGACUGAUAAAGUAAUUUGUCCAGGUGACCCUGGUCAUGAAGUACCAGGAAACAAAACUCUGAUGUUUCUUUCUACCAGAGAUUCGGGAUUUGAGGCAUUUGAAGUAUGGUGGAGCAGGUCAAAAACUGUCCCACUGUACUUGAUCGCUGUUCUUCUGCCUCUGUUGAAUUUUAAGUCUCCGUCUUUCUUUGCCAAGUUCAACAUCUUAGGUACAGUUUCAGUCGUCUAUCUCGUUUUCCUUGUUACUCUGAAAGCUGCACGUUUGGGGUUUCAUUUACAAUUCCACUGGAUUGAGGAGAGCACGUAUUUUGUGCCAGAAUUCAGGAUUCUGUUUCCUCAGCUUACAGGGGUGCUGACUCUGGCUUUCUUUAUUCAUAAUUGUGUCAUUACCCUGCUUAAGAACAACAAGAAUCAGGAAAACAAUGUGAGAGACCUUUCCAUCGCCUAUUUUCUGGUGGGUUUGACAUACCUCUAUGUUGGGGUGUUAAUUUUUGCUGCUUUUCCAUCUCCACCAUUGACCAAAGAAUGCAUAGAACAGAAUUUUUUAGAUAAUUUCCCCAGUGAUGACAUCUUGUCAUUUCUUGGACGAAUAUUCCUGAUGCUGUUCCAGAUGAUGACUGUGUACCCACUGCUUGGUUACUUGGCACGAGUUCAGCUUUUAGGACAUGUUUUUGGGAAUGUUUACCCGAGUAUUUUCCAUGUAUUGGUUUUGAACAUUGCAGUUGUUGGCGUUGGUGUUGCCAUGGCCAUGUUAUACCCUAACAUAGGUGGAAUCAUAAGGUAUUCUGGAGCAACAUGUGGCCUGGCCUUUGUGUUUGUUUAUCCAUCCCUCAUCUACCUGAUCUCUUUGCAUCGGGAAGGGAAACUGACAUGGUUGACUCUAGUUGUUCACAUCUUCAUCAUUCUUCUCGGAGUGGCUAACCUGAUUGCACAGUUUCUACUGUGAACGUGGAACAAAUUUUGGAUCAGUUUUUCUUCCUUGGGGUGAUUCUGGGAGGCUUAAGAAGCUACUUUGAGCAACAGGAUUGCAGAAGCUGAAGGACUGCUUAUCUAUGGCAGUGAACUUUUUUUUUACAAAGGAAAACUGCUUUUAUUUAAAAAAGUGUCUCUAGGAAAAGGACAAUGUACUUGGGGAUCUGCUUCACAGUGGCAAACUGAACAAGCCAAGUGAAUUUAUGAUGCAGCUACACUGAUACCCAGGAAAAGUUUGUUCCAGAGUAAUUCUGUGUUAAAUUCUUAUUUCAGUAAAUGCAUAUCUUUCCCACACUCAUACAAAAAGCCAUCCAAGAACUUUUUUAAAUAAAACACUUUCAGACCUGUUGUGGAUUACAUGACUUCCUUGCAAGUUAACAGAAUGAAUGGACUUGGCUGAUAUUAAAGUUCAGCGCUGUGGUGACAUAGAUAUGUAAUACUCAAAUAAGCUAAAAU